UAUUGCUACCCCCACGGCCUACCUAUCCAUCCCUAUUCCCAGUCAAUGCAUGUAAUUGCCUUAUUAUUGUCAACCGUAACUGUGAAUUGUUGUGUCCAAGAGUGAGGACCGUUUCUGCCUCUCACGUAGCCUCAUUAGUCGAUGAAUGUCGAAGACGUGGUUCCGAGCCACGGGAACUCUCGCAAACGUUCGCGUUCCAGUACUCCCGUUCCGACCAAUCCUGCGCAAACCAAACGCCAACUCCAGGCCGCCGUCGAACGCGAUGCGCAGCUCAUCCACAAGCUAUCCAACGAGGAAACUCGCAACGAUACACUGAACGAUAUGCUCAAGCUUUCGCUCAGUCACGAUCCAAGUUUCGCCAUGUCUUCGGACUCUCUUUUGCAGACUUUGGCGCAGAUUGUCAAGGAAUGUCUGGAAUGGAACGAACCGCACAUUAUUCUACCGGAAGACAAAGACAGUAAAGACGUCCAGGACAACGCGCAAGCGAAACAGGAGCUUUUGCUCAAAUCCAAGCUCACCUGGAUUCAAGCACCAACCCCGCGAUUAACGGCUUGGUUCCACCACUGUCGUCAAAUGCUGGGAACGCGCCGUGUACUGCUCGACCAGGCCAGUUUGCAGACACUCGAUGUGAUCCUCGUUAUUCUUCGCAAUCUCAGCUACGUAGGUGCCAAUUUGCGUCUCUUUAUAUACGUUCCGGACAUUCUGGCCAUUCUGGGGGGCUGCCUGUACGAGCGUCCCCUCGAAUACAAAGGUACCGACUCCUCCUUGGCGGGCACCGGUACCCACCUGGCGUUGGCCGCUGCGCACGUCCUGCUGCACUUGGCUCCGUAUUGGGAUGUUUCCGGUCAACGACGUACGGUGGAUCGACUCUUUUAUCGACCCCACACAGCCGAUGGCGGUCCGGUGGUGCCGGAUCCGGAAUCCUUUGGCUGGACAGCCAACGGUGGUUGGGGAUUUGGUGGAGCGUACCUGGCCAAGCAGCACGACUCCAAGGAAGACACCAUGGAAAACAUCUCCAAGGCAUUCUUGCUCGCCGUUGCCAGUACGUACUUGGAAUCUGCCUGGAGCAUCUUUGGUCCGCUCGGACAUGCUUUGACGGAUCCCUCGACCCCUCGCAACGUGCUGCUCAUGGUUCUAGACGUCUUGCAAGAACUCAUCAACGUGGCCCGGAUCGGAGUCGUCGGUAAUAUCCACGAAGAUGACGAAGAGAUUCCCACGUUGCGCGCAAUCCUAGUACACAUGCCGGAUAAUCUGUUGUCUCGCCUGGUCGAUUGCCUCUACAUUCCACGACUGGGACCGGAUGCAAUCGACUAUGUUGAUCCGGUGCACAACGUUGUAACGCGAGUCAAUCCACUCAAACUACUCAUGGGCUACGAAGCAACAGUCGACACCGAAGUGCGGGACCGCGUGCUGGACAUCCUCGUGCCCUUGGUGGAAUUGGACGCGCCACGGAUGGCGAUUCGGCUGGGACACGACACGGGAGCAAUCCGCGUGCGCUUGUUCGACGCCCUCGUUCCGGCCGUGACAACUACUGUCGGUCGCAACGACGCUAGUUUGCUCGCGACGCAACUGCUGCGAGAAUUGUCCAAGACUGAUGCGAAUCGAGUCGCCUUUCAAUACAUUCAAUCCAGACUGGUAACCCUGGCCAGCAAGGAUACUCGUGUGGCCCAUUUGGUAUGGAAUCAUUUGUAUAAACCUGCAGACCGUGCGUCGGCAGCAGGUUCGGAAGAAGGCGACGGUAGAGAUGUUUCCUCCAACGGGAGUGGCGACGAAGACGAAUGA